UGACAUUGUGAUCGCGCGCGCGAUCGAGCUCCGCGUUUUCUCUCGUUUCCGUGUCGUUUUCUAAAAUUCGUCGGAUAUAGCCUUCCCCUCCGCUCCGAUUUGGCUAGCGAAAUUUUCUCGCCACCGACGUGGCGAUCGUUUACGCGAUUUUCCCCUGCUUCAAAACUAUCGAAUUUUCCUCGUUUUCGCGGAGAAAAAGUAUCUCUGUAACUUCUACGAUUCUUUCUCGCUCGUCAAAACGAAAUCGCUUCGCCGUUUUAAUCGCCAUAUUGCCUUUCGCGAGACUUGUACGCGUUACGUAAUUUUUCCUUAAUUAAAAACGACCAUUUCGAUCGUUAAAACCGCCUCGAGACCGCUUCUGUUUGGGAGAUACGCGAAAAUUUGCGGGAGCGCAUGGCAUUUUCGUGUAGGUUUCUCGCGCCAUUUUCGGCAGCUGCUAACGAUCGCGCAAAAUAGAGCUCGACGGCAAGUUGAUCAGGAAAGGCGACGCGACGCCACGCAUUCUGGGUAAAAUCGUUGUUUGCUCAAUAUGGCCGUUCGACGAGCUCGAUCAAUUUCCGUCUUGUGUGACUCGCGUCUGACGUUCCGCAUCGCUCGACCUACGCGAGACAGUCGGUUCCCUUCGAAUUCACGCGAGAAAAAUCGCGCGACAAAUUUUGCCGGAUUCGCCGAUUCGCCAUUCUGUCGCGAAAUUUGUUCAUCGCGUAAAUUUUUCACGCGAGACGCUCGCGUGAGAAAUUACGUUUCCUUUAACGGACGCUUUUCCGGUGUGCGUGCGCGCGCGCGCACACCGUGCGCAGAUUGCGCAGCCUGCGGUAAUGCGAUGCGCGCGUCCUCUCGUCCUCCCUUUCCUCUCGGUCUCCCGGCCAAUCCGCUGCCGCGUCUCGACGGCUUCUCGCUUUGGCAGCUCGAGAUUGGCGGAGAAGAGAGGCGAAGGUAAAGGUCGAGAUGGCGCGCGCGUUGCAUGACGGGUGACCCGCGAGUGGGGAGGGCGAAGAAGCAGGUCUCGUUCACAAAAUGGCGGUAUCCCUUACGAGUCCGUGACCAUAUAGCGCGCGAUACCCCGAUAGUUUCUCGUGAUGUCGGGUCCCGCGGCGCCAAACGCGGUCUGAUAUCGCGAGCACGUGUACGCGUGACAGUGCUGCAGUGAGGGAUAGGGACGAUUUCGCGGGACGCGCGUCGGUGAUAACGUUGGUGGGUCCACGGUGCGACGCGUAGACGGAGCCAUGCAGAAAACAUUUGAAUCCGAAUCCGGUAAGGAAUCCGGGUCCGAUUCUGAAAAUGAUAGCAAAAGCGAUAGCUCUUCUUCCGGUAGUAACAGCGGCUCAGGAUCUGGAUCUGAAAGCGACUCUAGCUCCUCGAGCGGUUCCGGUUCCGGAUCGGGCUCCGACUCGGAAAAGUCGGAGAAGUCGGAUGCACCUGCUGCACAAAGCGAUAGCUUCCAGAGCAAAGGCUCGAAUCACAGCACCGAAGCAAAGCUUAGAGUUAAACAUGAGUCUAGUCGCGAGUGGGACGAGAAUCCUGACAUAUACGGCAUCAGGAGAUCCGGGCGCUCCAGGAAGGAGCCCGAUAGGCUCGCGACGAAUCGCGACAGCGACAGUGAUGGUCGCAAAAAAUUUAAGAAGAAAGGUUCACACAAUUCGUGGAAUUCAGAGAGUUCAGAUUCAGAAUCUGAUGAAACUGAAAAUCGUAGACCGCCACCUAGCAAAUCCUUGAACAGGCGUGCGGCGCAAAAAGCGAAAGAGAAAGCCAGAGUUCGAAAGAAGCAAAUCUCUGAAUCGUCUGACAAUUCUUCCUUCGACAGUGAUGAUAAUAGAAGGCAAGUUAGUAGACGGACAGGCACGGCAGUUAGUUACAAAGAAGAAAGUGAAGAAGGUACCGAUAGCGAGGAUUUGGUUGAAGUUGACGAAUCGAACGCAGCGUCAACAGAGCCUGAUAAUGCGGAAACUAUUGAACAAAUUUUGGGACAAAGGAUAGGCAAAAAAGGAGUUACCGGCAAUGUAACGACCAUCUACGCUGUCGAAGAGAAUGGUGAUCCUAAUCCAAAGGAUUUAAGUAACAUGGAAACCGAAGUACAAUACUUAAUCAAAUGGAAAGGCUGGUCUCACAUACAUAACACGUGGGAAUCAGAAGAAUCUUUAAAAGCACAAAAAGUAAAAGGGUUGAAGAAGUUAGACAAUUUUAUCAAACGUGAACAAAAAAUCGAGCAGAUGAGAGAAUGCGCUGAGCCAGAGGAAUUGGACUUUUUCGAAUGCCAAUUGGAACUUAAACAAGAUCUUCAGAAAAGUUACAACCAUGUUGAGAGGAUUAUUGCUGAUUACAAGAAACCAGACUCGGAACAUCCCGAUUAUUACUGUAAAUGGGAAAAUUUGUCGUACGCUGAGGCCACAUGGGAGGAUGGAACUUUGAUAGUGAAAAAGUGGCCAGAAAAAAUAAAGGAAUUUCGCGACAGAGAGGAUUCCAAAAAUACACCGAGCAAACAUUGCAAAGUCCUCAAAUCUAGACCUAAAUUUUAUCAAUUGAAUGAGCAACCUGCUUACAUGGGCAAGGAGAGAGAUUUAGUAUUGAGAGAUUAUCAAAUGGAUGGACUUAAUUGGAUGAUACACUCUUGGUGCAAAGAAAAUAGUGUUAUAUUGGCCGACGAAAUGGGUCUCGGCAAAACAAUCCAAACGAUAUGCUUCCUUUAUUAUUUAUUUCAUACGCAACAACUUCACGGGCCAUUUUUACUAGUAAUUCCUUUGUCGACUAUGACUUCCUGGCAAAGAGAGAUGUCUCAAUGGGCUCCUGACAUCAAUUUCGUCAUUUAUUUGGGCGAUGUCAAUUCUCGUAACAUUAUUCGGGAAUACGAAUGGUGCUACCGAGGUUCGAAGAGACUAAAGUUCAACGUCAUUCUUACGACGUAUGAGAUAGUACUUAAGGAUAAAGCAUUUUUGGGUGCCUUAAAUUGGGCGGUAUUGCUAGUCGAUGAAGCUCAUCGAUUGAAGAAUGACGAUUCCCUAUUAUACAAAGCACUUACCGAGUUUCACACCAAUCAUCGUUUAUUGAUUACUGGUACUCCGUUACAAAACAGCUUGAAGGAGCUGUGGGCCUUACUACAUUUCAUUAUGCCUACAAAGUUUACCUCUUGGGAAGAAUUUGAGAAGCAACACGACAAUGCUGCACAGAAAGGGUACUCCAAACUGCACAAACAGUUAGAGCCAUUUAUUUUGCGCCGAGUUAAAAAAGAUGUUGAGAAAUCUUUGCCUGCUAAAGUCGAGCAGAUCUUACGAGUAGAAAUGACGUCAUUGCAGAAACAAUAUUACAAGUGGAUAUUGACUAAAAAUUUUGAAGCAUUGCGAAAAGGCGUGAAGGGCUCUACUACGACGUUCUUGAACAUUGUUAUUGAAUUAAAGAAGUGCUGCAAUCAUGCCUUUCUCACGAAACCGAAUGAAAUCGAAAGAGAAAAGACUAAAGAAGAUUAUUUGCAGCAAAUAAUUCGUGGUUCUGGAAAAUUGGUGCUUCUGGAUAAAUUACUAGUGAGAUUGCGUGACACGGGACACAGAGUACUAAUAUUCAGUCAAAUGGUCAAGAUGUUGGAUAUUCUUGGUGAAUAUCUGCAAAGGAGGCAUUUUCCAUUCCAAAGAUUAGACGGGAGUAUAAAGGGGGAACUACGGAAACAGGCGUUGGACCAUUUCAACGCCGAGGGAUCGCAAGACUUUUGUUUUCUAUUGUCGACGCGAGCCGGUGGUCUCGGCAUUAAUCUUGCCACCGCGGACACUGUGAUAAUUUUCGAUUCUGAUUGGAAUCCGCAAAAUGAUUUGCAAGCCCAGGCCAGAGCGCACCGAAUAGGACAAAAGAAUAAGGUAAAUAUCUAUCGAUUAGUCACUAAAAAGUCGGUCGAGGAAGAAAUCGUCGAGCGCGCGAAGCAGAAAAUGGUAUUGGACCAUUUAGUGAUACAGCGAAUGGAUACAACCGGAAGAACAGUAUUAGAUAAAAAAAACGCGGGGACCAAUAGUAAUCCGUUCAACAAAGAAGAUUUGACUGCUAUUUUAAAAUUUGGUGCCGCGGAUCUGUUCAAAGACGAAGAGGACGGAGAUGAGGAACCAGCUUGUGAUGUCGACGAGAUAUUAAGAAGAGCUGAAACGAGAGAUGAAGGACCGACAACAGUUGGCGAUGAACUGUUGUCCGCUUUUAAAGUCGCCAGUUUUAAAACAGCGUUCGAAGAGGAUUUGGAACCUAUUAAUCAGUCAAAUGAUAACGAUGAUGAAAGUAAAGAUUGGGUCGAGAUAAUUCCGGAAAAUUUUCGAAGGAAGGUGGAAGAGGAGGAAAAGUCAAAAGAAAUGGAGGAUCUUUAUUUACCACCGAGAAGUCGGAAAACUCUUCAGCAACUCAAUCAAAGCGAAGGGAAAGGGAGAAAGAAGAAGAAAGUGCAAGACGACAGCGAGGAUGGCGAGGAAUCGGGUAGCGAGGCGGAAGGAAGCGACGAUGACAGGCCUAAGAAAAGAGGUAGACCAAGGGUUACGCCACGCGAGAAUAUCAAGAGCUUCACUGACGUUGAGAUACGACGAUUUAUCAAGAGUUAUAAAAAGUUCCCGGCGCCUUUGAAACGAUUAGAUGAUAUCGCGGCUGAUGCUGACUUGCAAGAGAAACCAAUGUCGGAAUUGCGCUUCUUAGGCGAACAAUUGAUGUCUAGAUGCGACGCGUGUUUAAUAGAAUUCGAGAAUACCGCGAAAGAGAAUAAGGGUGGCGAGGAGGAAGGCAAAGGGCCGGGUCGUAAAAGAGGACGGGGGCCCACUUUUAAGAUAGGCGGUGUAAUGGUGAACGCAAAGUCGUUCUCGGCUGCAGUUAAAGAACUCGAGCCUCUGGAACAAGCUUUGCCGUCCGAUCCCGACCAACGUGCUAAUUGGCAUCUUGAUAUUAAAUUGAAACCAGCGAAUUUUGAAUGUGAAUGGACUUCCGAGGAUGAUGCUAAACUGUUAAAGGGCAUAUAUCAGCACGGCAUGGGUUCAUGGGAGGCGAUAAAAACAGAUGCCAGUUUGGAACUCGGGGAUAAGAUCUUUCCUAAUGGCAAUAAAGUGCAACUCAAACGCGUCAACGCACGUGCGGAAUAUCUCUUGAAGAUUUUGAAGAAGCAAAUUGAUCUUAAGUUAGGCGUGGAUUAUGUCUUCCUUCUUCAAUUAGAAACCGAGUACCAGACGCGAAUGAGAAAGCCGAGGAAACCCAAAGAGAUGAAAACGGCAAUUACCAAAGAGAUUGUAGAAGAUAAUGAUAGCUCCGGUGACGAAAAUAAGAAAUCAAAAUCCAGAAUUGAUAAAGCGGUUAAAAAAGAAGAUGAGAAUAUUGCAAAAAAAGAUAUCAAAGAAGAAGUCGAUGAUCUAUCUGACGAAAAGAAAAAAGAUAAGAAAGCUAAAAAAGAGAAAAAAGAUAACAAGAAGGCUAAAAAGAACAAGCAAGCGGCAGGUCCCAUGCAUUUUACUGCAAACAACGAACCAAGAGCUGUCGAUGUAAUUGGCGAAUUAGAUCCACCAGUAUUCGAUGAGUGCAAAGAGAAGAUGAGGCCAGUGAAAAAGGCGUUAAAGGCCUUGGACAAACCAGAUAUGUCUCUGACCGAGGAAGAGCGAGUCGCUCGCGCACGUCGAUGUCUUUUCCAAAUCGGAAACCACAUCAACGCGUGUCUGGCGGAAUAUAAAACCCCUGAACAAGUCGGCGAAUGGAAAAGCAAUCUCUGGUACUUUGCUUCCAAGUUUACGAAUUUCAAAGCGAAAAAACUUUACAGGAUGUAUAAGAACCUGGUGAAACAAGGUGGCGACAGCAAUGGCGGCACCACAUCUAGUCCCGAUAAAAAAGAGGAUGCUUCUAGUACUGCAAAGCCAAAACACAGUGAAAAGGGAUCUCACGAAAAACAUUUUGACAAGCAGCAACAGGCAGAUAGCAGUAAUAAAGAUAGCAGGCUAACGAAACGUAAAAUUGAUGAUAUCGAGGAAAAUUCGAAUAGCAGUACGCAAAGUAAGAAACACAUCUCGACUAUUUCUGCUAUCAACAGCAAUAUCAGCAGCACAUCCGCGGUUACUAUUGGUGCUCUUACGAUUACGCCUAUAAUGUCAACGUCAAAUUCCACAUCGAGUACCACUAACAGCGCAGACACAUCGCGACAUAAAGAACAAAAAGAGUCAAAGCAUAAAGAUAUGAAAAGGGAUAGAGAUCGUGACAGGGACAGAGAUAGGGGACACGACAGAGAUAGAUUAAGUAUAAGCAAGGACGACAGAAUUAGAAGAGACGGAUACAAUAUGGGGCAUUAUAGCGGUAGCAGGGAAGAUGAUCAUUGGUUAUCCAGAGACGGGAGAGAUAUGCGAGACGGCAGGUACGGAUUCGGAGAUCAUAAACGCGAUCGCUUCGAUCCUUAUGGCCGAAUGUCCAGUGGUUAUCACAGAGACAGAGAUAGAGAUCGAGAUCGUAUGCAUAUGAACGACAAAAGAAGUGAUUAUUAUCGAUACUCGUCGGGACCACCGAGUUACGGAUAUGGACCAGGUGGUUACGGUAGCAGCAGUGGUUACCCGCCCGCGGAUAUUGGAUCGAGUCAUUUUAGAAGUCGUGGUUAUGCAGAUGGCUACUCCAACGAUUGGCGGCCGAAGGAUUACAGACGGGACUACGAUAGAAGACCACCGCCACCAAAUGCCAACUCCUAGUGCUUCUUUCUUCCUCGGUUGUGUCACGGUAUCAAAACCGUUUUGUGUAUAAUUUUGUUGCGAGUGGGAGCGUUUGCGAUAACACUGGCCCUCUCACGUCUCUACGUGGGAGAAGUACUGAAUGCACGGUGCACGACGUUUUCUGUGAGGAAAUAUGCACCAUUCUUGUAUAAAAGAAUUCUAUUUGUAUAAAGGAAUUAUUCCGAUGUUUAUUAUAUGCGGAUAAUAACGACAUGUUGAAGAUGUGUUUAGAAAAUGUGCAUAGUACUCUCUAUUAGAAACUUUUACAGAUACAUAGAGUCUGGAAAGGAAAGAAAAACAAAAAAUCGAAUUAUAUUCUCAGCGCAUAAUGACAGGAGAAAUUUUUAUAUCGGAACGUAUAUCGGAAUUUGUCAAGAGAUAUAAACGAGCAGUAUGUAUUUGCUUCUUUUUAAGUAUGUAUUAAUAAGAAUUGUAACUGGUAUAAUUUCCUGGAAUUUUUAUUACACAUGCUAAAACCACUUUAUUGAAAAUACAAUUUUCAACGUAUAAUAUGAGAUAAGUAAAAUUCAUCUGAAUUAUACUGGAGUACAAUUCUAGAGUACGAUUGUACUUUUUAUUUUUUAUUAAUACUAAUUUUUUUCUCGCAUAUCCGAGUUUGAUUUUAUCGUGCAAUUGUGAGAAAAAUUGACGACGUUAUUGGAGUCACGAAUAUAUAUUUUCUACUAUAUCGUAUACAGUCUGGAUGCGGUCCAAUUGACGAUUCGGAAUAGUUUCCGCUUCUGUUAGUGUAAUCAAUGUGGUCAACGUUUGCACAAAUUAAUCGGUGUUUUUAAAGAUCUUGACUGUCGCGCGCGUUCUCUAUGGAAUACUCUAAAAAAAUGCUCUGUAAAAUAGACCGCAUCCUGAACUGCUGCUGAGCAUUGAUAAUGUCGAUUAUACCGCAUCCUUUAUUACGUCCUUUGUUAUGUAAAAUAAGUGAACUGCUUCCGCGCUACGCGCAUAUAUUUUGCAUUUUCGAUACUGAUUAUAUAUAUUAUAUGCAUAUUCAGUUUAGAAACAUAGUUUCGCGCACAUAAUCGCCUCGAAUGAUACCUGAUUUCACCGUUCUUAUCUGAGAAUCAGAUGAGAGUAAUACAUAGCUCUACGCUAACACAAUUUAACUUGCGUUACAGUAGACACAAACGGACGUGGUGUUGCAUUGUAGCAUAAUGUCUGUGAAAUUGUACAAAUUUAAUCACCAUCGUAUAAAUUUUCUAUGUAAAAGAAGUUAAAAACACUCUUUAAAGUAAUCGUGUUUUACAGAGAUGGGAUUGUACGGAGAUUGUCCGAUUUGGUAUGCACGCUGAAGUCAUACAAUGCAUCGACUGCACUUGCUAACGAGAUACCGGUCGACAAUUAAAUGCGUUGAUUCAGCAAUCACCAAACGUAAUCGCUUAUCUGUUACGCAAAUCAAAAUACAGUGGAAAUACAGUUCGGAUCGCACUUUCUUUCGAUAGUCUUCUGACGCGUUUGUGAUUCAAAGAGAAUAGAAAUAGGUAAAAGUACUAUUUUUGCGUUCAUUAUUUUAUGGCAUACCGUAGUUUUGUAUUCUAAACAUACGAAACCGACAUGUGACAUACUUGUAAAUAUUAGCGUAAGACCGAUAGUUAUACUCCGUUCGUAUCGAACUGUUGAAUCACUUAAUACAGCAUUACGCUUUCUUUAUUUAACAUACGAGUAUGAGGAGGCAUUUGCUACCUCAAUCUUGUUUCAGUCAAAAGGAAGGAAGAAAGAGAAUAAGCAGAAGGAAUAUUGACACAAGGAUUUUAUAUUACCUAUAAUCAAGAAUAUCUUUCGUAGAAUAUUAAUAUUUUUCAACUGAAAGAAUUUCAAAUUUAGAGAUUGACUAUAACAAUAAUUAAUCGUAUUCGCUCCAAUUGACGAACAGCUAAUAUUUCUUUUUUUUAUAAAGAAAGACUUCUCAUAAAGUUUUUUUAUUCAUAAAAAACGAAGAAACAAGGAAAAAGUCGAGCAUUCUUCGACUUGUAGAACAUAUAUUAUCUUAUAUGAUUCGAGACUAUCGCGCGAUAUUGAAUGCUAAACGCACUAUGUCUUAUCAACGUGUAUAAAAUAAAUUAUUUUGUAGAUUAUUUUACGCGCUCGCGUGAAGCCAAUUUUGCAAUUUCCAUGUGCAUUUGUGUAAAUAGUAGCAUGUAUUGAGGAAACGAGACAACAUAUUCGCGACGAUACGGAUUCGUACUAAAGGAAAAACGAAUGUAAUUCAUAUUUUCUUGUGUUCGGAAAUAGGAUUUGAUCACGUGGCAACAGGAAUCUGCUCGCCAGAGAUUUCAUUUGCGAAACGACGUUUCGGACGCAGCGAGAGUUAUUUAAUUUACUGCGAGCAUGCGACUACGGCGAUACGGAGUGUACAACAAUGCACGGAAUAAGAGGAUAACAAAGAUGCGAGUUGUAAAUAUCGACUUGAAGAAUGAAAUAUAGUGGCAUAAUGAAAUAAAGUUCAAUAUCAUGCGUAUAUUAGACAUGUAAAGCGAUCAUAACGUAUUUUAUCUAUCUUUAUUGUAGAUUGCUCUGCGUUUCUGAAAAUAUAUCUGCAGAAAAGUUUUUCAUGGUA